CGCACGCGCUGCAUGCUGGAUGGAGCGGAAGUAGCGGUGCACGUUGACAUUGUUUCUCGCAUUAGACACACAGAAAGGAUUGGUGUUCAUCAUGGGUGCAUCUGUAUCCAGUCUUGCCCCCACUAUUCUAGCAGAGUCUGCAAUGUCAGUGCCUCAUUUUGGUGGGGCGUCCCCACCCCCUGGGUGUCCCAUGCAUCAAGAGCCCCCUAAAAGCUCUCCGCCUCCUGAGUGCCCGAUGCAUCAGGCUCAGAUGCCACCGGCUGGCCCAGCGCAUCAGGAGAGAGCUUAUGAGUUUGUCGAAUGUCCCAUGAGAGCUUCUGAAGGAGCCAUCGAUCCCGCAAACAUGAUGUCCCCUCCAAACCAGGUGCCCACCCCGGACCAGCCGUUCCCUCUGUCCGUGAAAAGAGAGGAGUCUAAAAUCCCACAAUCAGGCACAGGCCAGAACUGGGUUUAUCCUUCUGAACAGAUGUUCUGGAAUGCCAUGCUGCGGAAGGGGUGGCGCUGGAAGGAUGACAGUCUUGCUCCAGAAGACUUGACCAAUAUAAUCCAGAUUCACAAUCGUAACAACGAUCAAGCCUGGCAGGAAAUCCUGAAGUGGGAAGCGCUGCAUGUCAGCGAGUGUCCAUGCGGUCCAUCUCUGAAGAGAUUCGGGGGAAAAGCCAAAGAGUUCUCGCCCAGAGCAAGAAUACGUCAUUGGAUGGGAUAUGAAUUGCCUUUCGACCGACAUGAUUGGAUCGUAGAUCGGUGCGGAAAGGAAGUCCGAUAUGUCAUUGACUACUACGAUGGGGAUAUUAAUAAAGACACCUACCAGUUUUCCAUCCUGGACGUGCGUCCAGCCAUCGACUCUCUAGAGGCUGUCUGGGAUCGGAUGAGGGUGGCCUGGUGGCGCUGGACAUAAUAGAAUCCAUCACAACACAGUUUUAACAUUUCUGCACCACUAUAAGACGUCACAGACUAUUCGGUACCAAUAUACUAGAAUCUGUGUGCUCAACUUCAUUGAGUUCUGACUGUAAACAUGAAUCGUAGCAAAUUAUUGCACAUUGACGGACUUAAAGGUUGUGAGUGUUCUCUAUUGGAGAGCACAAGGAAUCAGUGUUUUUUUUUCUUCUGAUGAGGUUCUGAAUUCAUCAUCAGCUAGCAUUUCUUUUUCUGCUUGUUGAGUGAAGGUUAUCAAACUGGAAAGCGUGCUAUCUGAUCUUACGCAGAGGUUAAACAUAUCCACUGGUUGUUUUUCUCUCUCAAAGGCUGAAUAUUGAGUGUUUUAGUUCACGGUGAGAGCGAUUGGCAGCUGUUAGCAUUUGUAGCCAAUGGUUUGGUGGUCUUCGCUUUUGAAUGUCAUUGAUUUUGAUGACGCAUAUCAUAUGAAAUAAUCUGUUUCUCUUCCAUAUUAAUUUUGCUGUCGGCUUUAAAAUGAUUGAAUUUCUUGUACCUACUGUUUGGGUUUAUUUAUUUUGCGCAAACUGCUUCAUUGUUGUGUGUGUGUGUUGCUAAUUAUGUUCUCUUUGAGUGAGAGUGUUUCUGAAAUAUUUCCCCCGAUUUCAGACCUGCAACAAAUUAUAAUUCCAACUUUCAAAAGCUGAUUAUUGAGUGUUUUAGCUCAUGUUGAGAGCGACUGGCAGCUGUUAGCAGUUGCAGCUCGGCGAAAUGGUUCAGCGGUCUUUGCUUAUGAAUAUGAUUGAUCCGAUGAAGCAUAUGAAAUGUUUUGUUUUUUAAUUAAAAGCCCUUGUUCAGCUGUUCAGGUCUUCCAUAUUCAUCCGGCAUCCGGGUUGUGUGUGUGUGUGUGUGUGUGUGUGUGCUAAAGAUUUGCUGACUGCUCUCUUUGAGUGAGAGUUUCUAAAAUAUUGUUCCUCCUAUUUCUCUAAUUCUCCGGUAUUUGUAACCCAGUUCAUUUGUUUUAAAUCUGACCUGUAACAAAUUUAAAUUUCAA